AUGGUCUACAUCAUGGAAAUCCUCACCGACGGUGGCUGUAGAGGCAAUGGACGAGCGAGUGCGAUUGGAUCCGCUGCCGCCGUUUUCAAGACAAAACACGGAUACCAGUCCUGGACAAGCUCUUUACCUGCAUAUCCUCCGCCCACAAACCAGCGCGCCGAAAUCAGAGCCAUCAUCGUGGCACUGGAGCUAGCCCUGGAGAAAUUUGACCGGCUCGACCACAAUCCAGCGCUGGAUGUCAAAAUCUAUUCUGAUUCCAGAUAUGCGGUUGAUUGUAUGACAAAAUGGAUUUACAAGUGGGCCAACAACGGGUGGAUCAAUUAUGCGGGCAACAGUGUUGCGAAUCGAGAUCUUCUGGAGGAGGCUUCCGACCUUGAUGAUAGAUUGAAAGAGGAGGGAGACGUAACGUACAUCUGGAUCCCGAGAGAGAAGAAUAAGAUGGCCGAUGAAAUAUGCAAUGAGGACAUGGACCAGCAAUGCGACGAUAGUGGGUAA